AUUGAUUAUCAUCACAAUGGCUGAACGCGCUGCUCCCCUCCGUCUGGGCUCUACUGCCCCUGACUUCGAUGCCGACACCUCCAACGGCCCUAUCAACUUCCACAAGUUCAUUGGUGACAAGUGGACCAUCCUCUUCUCCCACCCCGAUGACUUCACCCCCAUCUGUACCACUGAGCUCGGCGCUUUCGCCAAGCUUGAGCCCGAGUUCACUGCUCGUGGUGUCCAGCUCAUUGGUCUGAGCGCCAACGGCACCGAGUCCCACCACGCCUGGAUCAAGGAUAUCGAUGAGAUCUCCGGCUCCAGCCUUAAGUUCCCCAUCAUCUCCGACCCCGAGCGCAAGGUCGCCUACGCCUACGACAUGGUUGACUUCCAGGACACCACCAACGUCGACUCCAAGGGUAUGGCUCUGACCAUCCGCUCCGUCUUCAUUAUCGACCCCGCCAAGAAGAUCCGUCUGAUCAUGACCUACCCCGCCUCCACUGGCCGUAACACCGCCGAGGUUCUCCGUGUCAUUGAUGCUCUCCAGCGCACCGAGAAGCACGGUGUUACCUGCCCCAUCAACUGGCUUCCCGGUGACGAUAACGUCCUCCCUCCUCCCAUGAAGACCGAGGACGCCAAGGCUAAGUUCGGUGAAGUCCGUGAGGUGAAGCCGUAA